UUUGGUGUUCAGCUGGCCACGAUUCCUUCCGGAGUCGUAAUCCUCCGGGGAAUCGAACCGUAUUCCUUGCUAAAUUAGAAUAUACAGUUACAACCGCCUUUUCCCCAGGAUUCAUCGAAUCCACGAGUCCUCUCCUCGCGCGACGGAUCCCUAUUCCCUGUGCCUACCUAUCGCUUCACCACGCGCUCCUUGAUAAAAGGACUCGUUAGUGGGAAUGCGCGGUCCCAGCCCUUCCUUCCCAGUAUUGUUAGUUCCGAAAUAAAAACAAAAAAAUCUUCCCCACCCCGGAAUCUUAUCCACGAGAUCCCUGAUAAUAUAUCAGCGCAUAUCAACAGAGCGAUUUGAUCUGAUCUCGAGUUAGUUCUUAAUUUCUUCAGGGAGGUGAAAUAGUGAGAAAAACCACUCUAGGUAAUAUCUGAACUGCCAAAACCAUGAGGGAAGCAGCUGAAGAUAAGUACACAAAAGAUGGGACGACAGAUAUUCGUGGAAACCCUGCUGUGAAGAAGGAUACUGGGAAUUGGAGGGCGUGCCCCUACAUUCUUGCAAAUGAAUGCUGUGAAAGAUUGGCAUAUUAUGGGAUGAGCACCAAUCUGGUAAACUACAUGAAGGACCGUCUCCACCAAAACAAUACUACAGCAGCAAAUAAUGUCACUAACUGGUCAGGCACAUGCUAUAUCAUGCCUUUGCUUGGGGCUUUUUUGGCCGAUGCCUACCUUGGACGAUAUUGGACGAUUGCCAGUUUCAUGAUAGUUUAUAUCAGUGGUUUGACAUUAUUGACUAUGACAUCAUCUGUCAAUGGGCUGAAACCUUCUUGCGAUAAUGGUGUCUGCGAUCCAACAAAUGCUCAGACUGCGGUGGUCUUUAUAGCACUCUAUCUCAUUGCAUUAGGUACUGGAGGAAUCAAGCCCUGUGUCUCCUCCUUUGGGGCUGACCAAUUUGAUGAAUCAGAUGAAUCUGAGAAGAAAAGAAAGAGCUCCUUUUUCAAUUGGUUCUACUUCUCAAUCAACAUUGGGGCCCUGGUUGCUUCCUCAGUGCUGGUCUGGAUACAAAACAAUGUAGGAUGGGGCUGGGGCUUUGGAAUCCCAGCAGUGGUAAUGGCUAUUGCGGUUGUGAGCUUCUUCUUGGGCACAGCAUUAUACAGACACCAGAAACCUGGAGGAAGCCCCCUUACACGCAUUGCCCAGGUUGUUGUGGCAUCUUUUAGGAAAUAUGGAGUGAACCUACCCCAUGACAAAUCUUCACUGUAUGAGAUUUCAGAGAAGGAAUCUGUGAUACAAGGUAGCCGUAAGCUUGAGCACACGGACCAGUUUAAAUUCCUUGACAAGGCAGCUGUGGUGACUCAAGAUGACAAGAUGAAGGAUCCAGUGGACCCAUGGAGGCUCUGCACAGUCACCCAAGUGGAGGAGCUCAAGAGCGUGGUGCGAAUUCUUCCUAUAUGGGCCACCGGCAUCAUCUUUUCUACUGUCUAUAGCCAGAUGAGCACCAUGUUUGUUCUCCAAGGCAAUACUCUGGAUCCCCACAUGGGUCCCCAUUUCAAGAUCCCAUCUGCUUCGCUCUCCAUCUUCGACACAAUCAGUGUUAUUGUCUGGGUUCCAAUCUAUGAUCGCGUUAUAGUCUCAGUGGCUCGCAAGCUCACCGGUCACGAGCGGGGCUUUACUCAGCUGACACGGAUGGGCAUCGGCCUGGCCAUCUCCAUAUUUUCCAUGUUGGCUGCUGGGAUUCUGGAGGUGGUGAGGCUCCGCAUUGUAGGAAGGGAUGGUUUAUAUGACUAUGAUGGCUAUGUGCCCAUGUCUAUAUUCUGGCAGAUCCCGCAGUACUUCAUCAUUGGGGCCGCGGAGGUGUUCACCUUUAUCGGUCAGUUGGAGUUCUUCUAUGAUCAGGCACCUGAUGCCAUGAGGAGCUUGCUGUCUGCGCUCUCGCUUACCACAGUGUCACUUGGUAACUACUUGAGCACGCUGCUUGUCACGAUCGUCACAGACAUUACCACCAAGAAUGGGAGGCUUGGAUGGAUUCCUGAGAAUCUUAACCGCGGCCACCUUGAUUACUUCUUUUGGCUCCUGGCCAUACUCAGCCUUCUGAACUUUGGAGUCUACCUCUGGAUCGCCAAGUGGUACACUUACAAGAAGACAACAGAUAAAGACUUUGAAUCACAGUAACCAUUGAAGGAGCACAUUUGCCUUAGGAGAUGCGCAAGUUUGGGCUAAUGUGUGGUAAAGAGGUCUUUUGCAUUUCUAGCUGCUUUUAGUGCUUCGGAUUGGAUUGGAUUGGAUGUUCGGUGUACUUGUAAAUUUGUCAAGAAAACUGCUUGCAGUUUACUUAAAUCGUUACGUGCAGCUCUCCUGAUAAUGGAUUAUAUCUCGAUGGUUUGUCGUAGUGAUAUGUACACGUCAGAAUUCAUCAAAAAGAAAGGCCUAUGUUCUUUGAAG